CACAACCACAUUAAAAUCACAACAAUAUAUAUAUAACAUGCAACAGUCAUAAAAAGGGUUAACCAUACAUCACACUGUCUUAAAAGAUGGCUUUAUGACAAAUACUGUACAUAUAAUAAUGUAAAUAAUUUAUUAUUUUAGUUUUACCUUCAUCUGAGUGUGUCUUUAUCUAAAUCUGUAUUUUGACAUGUUUAAUAUGUCGAAAUACUGGACAGUGAGCGGUGUUUCGCCUUUAGCCUACUUCUACUACGUAGAAGAAGAAGGAGAGCGCCGCGAUUGGUCAUCGCGUGCAGGUGUACAGCUGAGCGAUUGGCGCGGUACCCUGAAGCGCGUUCCCAAACCAGCGUCUUCUCUGGUUAGUGCCCUGUAACGACGGAUGACUGCCUUUCUCUCAGUUUAGCUUUUUUAAACGUUGUCAUUGUUAUCAUUAUAUCCUGUUCUCAAGGACAUUAUUCACUUAAGUUCUUGGUGCUAUUAGCCCUGUUGUGUCACUCGUAGUUAUUUACACUGAUAUCCAUCGACAUUUGAUCGAUUUUCAAGUCAACCUAACGUUAGCUAAUUGCUAAACGCCGCUCCGUUCACUGAAGGCGAAAGGAAGAACCGCGAAGAACACCAUACUACAGAUGAUCUAAACUGAAGCAUGAUGAAGCACACGCGCAAUCGGUGCCAUGUUACUCCCUCAGUUACUGUUGGAGUCAAACCCAGCAGUUCGCAGUCCCUCCAAAUCAGAAGAGGUCUUCGGCUCAAAAGAGCCAACUGCCAAGACGGCCAGGGCCCGCCGGGGAUGAGCCAGCCAAGCCAGCGUCGGGAUUCCAAAAUGACCCUGCCUCCAACUAUUGUCAUCCAGCGGCAGGAAAUGGCUUCUUUCUUCAAACUUUUUGAUGACGAUGUGAUCCAUGACUUUCUUUGUAUGGACUGUUGCUGUAAAAUGACUGACAAGUACCUGCUUGCCAUGACCUUUGUGUACUUCAAACGGGCACGCUUCACUAUUGCUGAAUACACCAGGAAGAAUUUUUUCAUUGCACUCUAUCUUGCCAACACCAUGGAGGAGGAUGAAGAGGAGAGUAAGUAUGAGAUUUUUCCAUGGGUGCUGGGCAAGAACUGGAGGAAGCAGUUUCCUCGCUUCCUCAAGCAGCGAGACAAGCUGUGGGCUCGGGUCGAGUACAGAGCUGCUGUCAGCAGGCGCUGCUGCGAAGAGGUGAUGGCCAUUGUGUCCUCUCACUUUGUGUGGCAGCGAGAGCGGUCAGAGCACCACAGCGGUGCCCGGCGGCAGUACGGGGACAGAGAACUCAGUCAUAUCCCCCGCGGGCCCUCUGCCUCCCCGGUCCCCUGUGCCUUAUGUAACCGUGGCAACGGGUUAGAUCCGGGCCCAGGCGCUUCUUCUCCCUCCAGACGCUCUUCUGCACCGACCCCAAACCCUGCCUUCUCACACCCAUUCACCUCUGCACUGAGUUUGGAGAUCACCCCACCCAGGACUGCAGCCUCUCGCAGGAAGGCGGUGGAGACUAAAAUCCAGGCUCAGCAUUCCUUCUGCUGCUGUGCGGAGGAGGUUCCCAAGCUCGAUUCUUCCUGUGGCUCCACAUACGACGCCUCCAUGGACUGGAUCAGUGAGGAAUAAAAACACUAUGCUGUAUCUCUAAUACCUCUUUCACAAUGAAGCAAAGGUCUGAAUCGCAAGUGUAGCUCACUCGUUUGUGUCUCUUAAUGCAAACAUGGCUCAAUAGUUUUCAUUUAGGAAUGAGCUCAUUCCAUACAUUAUACUCUGACGACGUAUUGGAAAUAUGUUCUUUGUAUUUAUAUACUGAAGUACUGCUGGGAUUUUUUGGACGACCACUUGUUUAUUCACAGAUGUUAGAAUGACUCUGUAAAAGAAGAUAAAUGUGACAUUUUGGCUGAAUCAAAGCUUAGCCACUGAUAACAUGCUGUGUUAACGUACUGGGAUUCUACUGGCUGUGUUUUUAGUGUCGAUGUGCCCGUUUAAUGAUCCAACACUGCCUCUUGAAGUUCUGAAUAAAGGCUUGAACUUAAAUUGGUCUUUGUC